GAGCAUAUAAUCACUACGUUUACUUUAGAGCAGUUAAAUGUUCAUCGUUCAUCCAAUUCGAGGUGUCGUGUGCAAGUGAGGUAUCCUGAACUAAUGUAUUUACCUCGAUUUCUAAAUUCAGUCAUUAAACUAAGUACGGGUAGAAGAAUGACGUCAGAAUUACCACUGUACAUUGAAGGCGAAGUUAUCAAAGGUUUUGGAAGAGGAUCUAAAGACUUAGGAUGCCCAACAGCAAACUUUUCCUUGGAAGUAGUAAAAUCUCUACCAAAAGGAACAGAGCCUGGCGUUUACUACGGGUGGGCGCAGAUUGACUCUGGCCCUGUCCAUAAAAUGGUUGCCAAUAUUGGUUGGUGUCCCUUUUAUAACAACAAAGAGAUGUCAAUUGAAACACAUGUAAUGCACAAAUUUAGUAACGACUUUUACGGUUCAAAUCUCAAAAUAUGUAUAGUUGGUUACUUGAGAGGGGAAAAGAACUUCAACUCUUUGGAAGACUUGAUUGAAGCUAUUCAACAAGAUAUAAAAAAUGCUGACGAAAAGCUAGAGCAUGCAGAUGCAAGUAAUUUAAAAACAGGUGUAAUGCAGCACUUCUCCGCCGCGCUAUAACUACCCUACCUACAUGGCUGACGGAGCGUACCCUACCCAUUCAUUUAUGGCACGCAACGCAAUGUACUACGCAGCUUAGGUACUGCGCUACGUAUGCGGUGUUAUUCGAUGUUCAGUAUUUUUCAUUGAGCUGAGUAGAAGUAGACGUGACCAUUACCUACUGCUAACUAGGAAAUGCUACCAAAUAAUACCACAUUAUUUAAUAAGGAGGAGAUAGCUAAAACCGUUAACAAUCGAAGUGGAGAUUCUCCACUUCGAUAUUUUAGCGCCCUCUUCCUCAGGGCCGGAUUUAGGGGAGGGCAACCGGGGCUACUGCCCCGGGCCUCCACAAAAGAGGGCCCCCCACAAUAGAGAAUUCGGUAAAUUUACCAUUUUAUUUGGAAAAAAUUUGGGGCCAGGGGGCCUCCACUCCUUUAUUGCCCGAGGCCUCCAGACCUCUAAAUCCGGCAUUGCUCUUCCUUAUUAAAAAAUGUGGUAUUGGAGAUGUCUUGAGUAUACAAUUAUACCUAAUACACGUCCCUAUACAACGUUUUUGCUUUCCCUGUUAUUAUGGAACAUUUCCGAGCUGGUGUAAUAGAUACGUUUCCCCCCAUUCAUUAAAUUGACAAGCCUUAAUUUGUUAAUUUAUCUUUUAUUACAAUGACAGAUUAAGACGAAACGAUUAAUAGCUAAAAAAGGACAUGUGCGGUUUAUGAAUAACGUCAAAUAUAUUUUUGUGGAAUUUGGUAAGUAACCAUUCAAAAAAAUCAUCACCAACACUGGCCUAUAUUUACGUGCAAGGCCUAUGCCUAUGCCUAUGCGUUCUUUCUGGGAAGAAAGGGUUUGGGCUUUAGCCCCGAGAGCCUCGAGGCAAGCCUAACGUGGAUUGAGGAAUCCACAAAUACCUUUGAAUUUAUUCGCAAAUGUAGGCAAGCAGGGCUCCUGUACGAUACCUCAGACUAAGUACUUAUCUGCACGAACUAUAAAAAUUGUUAUGCAUGCACACAGUUCGUCUGUAGCUCACACGAAUAUAGGUGAGGCUAUACAUUAACCCCCUUAUUCAUAAACGUGUACUAAUGUUACGAUGCCGCUAAUCAUCGUAACUUUAGUACACGUUUAUGAAUAAGGGGGUAAAUAUUUGUUAAGAACUAAAUUAAUUUUACAGAAGUCUAAGAAUUUAUAAUUCCUUAAAUGUGAUAGUUUUAUACAUUGUUUCAAAAAAAUACACUAAGUGAAAAUAAAAACUAUUCGUUUCAUUUAUUUAAA